GAAUAUCAAGGUGUGAAGAUGCUUCAGAAGAAACUAUUCGUUUCUUUUGUCUUGCUGUGUGCCACUGCCAUUGGAGUCUUUUCUAGAGCUUCAUGGAUUUUGAAUGUGUACCAGGAUUUCUUCCUCCCUCAGAAUGAAAGUGUUUGUGCCUGCAACAAAUGUUUAAUGGAAUAUGACCCAUGGCUUAGUGAACUUAUGAAAGAAUCUCCUGAGCCCUUUCUAUCACCCACAAACAAUAUCUCAGAUGAUACAUUUAAGUGGUGGAAGCGCAUACAGACAGACAGACGCAACUUCGCUUUCUACAAUAAAACAGUGGACAAGGUUUUUCAGAUCUUCCCAACCAAAGUCAGUUUCACAAGAUCCAGCCCUGACCUUUGUAGAACUUGUGCUGUGGUUGGGAAUUCUGGUAAUCUCAAUGGAUCACAUUAUGGGCCACUGAUAGACUUUCAUGAUAUUGUCAUAAGAAUAAACCUUGGGCCCACAAAAGGCUUUGAAAGAGAUGUUGGAAACAAAACAACAUACCAUGUGAUGUAUCCAAGGAGUUUCAAACAUUUGGAAAACACCACACAUCUUGUGUUUUUUCCAUUCAAAAUUUCCGAUCUAGAGUGGCUUAUCCGGUCUUUUACUCAAAGGCAAAAAGAAACUGCUAAAUCAGGUUUGAAAACUAACACGAAUUUGGUGAUGAUCCUCAGCCCUGCUUUCAUGAAAUAUGUCCAUUAUGUUUGGCUAAAAAAGCAUGGGAGGUAUCCAUCCACUGGCUUUCUGACUUUGGUUCUCAGCUUGUACUUGUGUGAUGAG